CUGUCGUCGCUGGGGACUGCGCCGGCGCCCCCUGGCGGCCGCUGCGACCAACUGGAGCGGCCGUACCACAGCCUCACUAAAAAGCGAAAGGAGCCAUGCCGCGAAGCGUGGCGCCGGAGCUGGGGCUCCGCAGCGAGCGGCGGCAGCGCCGGAGACGACCUGUGGCCGUUACUGCAGCACCACUACGACUACAUCAUGGACAACCAGAUCAUCGACACCUGCAAGGAAGCAAACGGCGAAUUGCUAUCACACAAUUCGUCAGCUUUACACCACGGGCCGCGGCUGCUGAACCCGACGUCAGGAUUCAACCGGCAGUGGUCGCUGUCGCAGCUGCUCGCGGAGUUCGGCGAGCUGUGCCAGUGGCUCACGCACGUGCAGGAGGAGAUCUACUCUAGUCCCGAGAACCUGUCCAGCAGGAAGCUUAGAAUGGUGAGAACAAAAACUUCUACCUGCUUUAGGAAAGGAACCUAUGUAGAUGCUCCAGAAAACUCUAAGAACGCUAGGAGAAGAUCCAUUCUAGUUCUAGAAAUUGAUCCAGAAGGAAGCUGA